CCCCUCUGCUCUUCCUUCCUCUCUUUCUUGCUUUCUUGUGUGGAGUGGAGCGCUAAAGUGAGACGGAGCAGCGUAGCAGGUGCAGGAAUCAAAAACUGUCACAGAGAGAGAGAGAGAGAGAGAGAGAGAUCAUACUACACACAAACACACAAAGAGAGGGAGGAUUGUAGAGGGAGAAAAAGGGGGAGUGCAAUUGAAACAGUUGGAGACGUGCAUUUAAAAAGAGAGAGCGGGACGGACAAAGAGCAGUAAAAGAGCAAGCAUGCUGAGGAGGAAGAGGAGCGUGUCCUUUGGAGGAUUUGGAUGGAUUGACAAAUCUACCAUCACUGCUCUUCGAACUCGGAAGCAGGAGUUGCUGACCACCUCUGGUGUUCCACUGGCAGACUACCCACCUUCACCCCCAAGAACCGCACCUGCUUCCAUGAAGACUACACAAUUCUUUGAUUCACUGGAGAAGAUGGAAGAUGACUAUAUUCCCAACCCCAGUAUAGAACAGGUGCUGAAACAAGGUGCACCAUACCCACAGGUCAUCCAGCCACGGUUUGGGGGUUACUGGAUCGAAGACUCCGAUACCCCAGCCCUGAACCAAAACUCAUGGGAAACCAGUUACUAUUAUGAAGGAAAUGGAGAAGGAGAAAACUCAAGUGGCGAGUUUGGAUACCGGCUGGAAAGUAACUAUGCCAUACAAGCCUACCGGAAGCACUUUCUUGGUAAAGAACACCUCAACUUCUACUGCACAGCUAGUAACCAUGGCAACCUCAUACUGUCCCUCAGACAUGAGGAGACAAAGGAUCAGGAGUACCUGCACAUCAUUUUAAGGACUGCAUCAAAGACUGUUUAUAACAGGCUCUCUCUUGUAGGUCUGAAUGAGCUUCCCAGUAUCCCUCAAUUAGUCAAGCUGCUUUGUGGAGAUAUUCAUGCCUUGAAAUUCAGCCCUGUGUUGUACCCUAAGGGGUCUCACUUAAUAGUGAGCUAUGAUGAUCAUGAGCUUAACAACACCUUCAAGUUCGGUGUCAUCUACCAGACGUUUGGCCAGACAUCAGAAGAGGAGCUGUUUGGAAACAGUGAGGAGACUCCUGCCUUCAGAGAGUUUCUUGGAGUGCUUGGUGAUUGUAUAGAGCUGCAGGAUUUUAAAGGUUUCCGAGGUGGUCUAGAUGUUCAUCAUGGGCAGACAGGCUCUCGGUCAGUCUACACUGUGUUCAAAGGACAGGAGCUCAUGUUCCAUGUCUCUACAAAGCUGCCCUAUGCAGAAGGAGAUGCACAACAGCUUCAAAGGAAGAGACACAUAGGAAAUGACAUUGUGGCAGCAAUAUUUCAGGAGGAUCCCACGCCAUUUGUGCCUGACAUGAUCGCCUCCAACUUCCUCCAUGCCUAUAUCCUGAUCCAGGUGGAGAAUCCUGGAACAGAUCACACCACAUACAAGGUUUCUAUAACAGCACGGAAUGAUGUGCCAAAGUUUGGCCCUCCUCUCCCAAACCCACCAGUCUUCAGAAAGGGCCCCGAGUUCAGAGAGUUCCUUCUGACUAAGCUGAUCAAUGCAGAACUAGCCUGCUACCGGUCUGAACGAUUUGCUAAACUUGAGGAGAGAACACGAGCAGCAUUGCUCGAUAACCUUCAUAAUGAGUUGCACAGACAGACCCAGGCCGUGCUUGGUCAUCCCCUAGGCAAUGAAGAUGAGCGGCUGGAAAAUGGAGGCCAUGGGGGAUUACUGGAGUCUAUCAAGCGGGCAAUGCGUGUGCGCAGCCACUCCAUGGACACAAUGGUGGGCUCUCAGAAGCAUGGUUGCUCCUCCAUAGGAGGAGGGGGAGUGCCCACCAGUCUAAGUGGAGCGGGCCUCACUCAUAGCAAUGCUGAGUGUACUAAGAACACGUCUCCAGCGUCAGCUACUGCCAAGUCUCCUCUGAAGAGCCCAGUGAAGAGACGCUCUGGAUUUUUCCCCCGGCUGUAUGUCAGCAUGGAUGGGCAGCCCGAGCUCUCAGUGCACAGUGUGCUUUGUGAUCAAAGGAGUCUAGACAGCAGUCAUCUCUCGCAAGAGGUAAGAUCAGAGACAUCAUCAAACCCCAGUUCUCCAGAGAUCUGCUUGAGUAAAGAAAGAGAGGGGAAUCUGAAGCCAAAGGACUGCAGUGGAUGGCCUGCUAUAUCUCACUCCUCAUCCUGCACCAGUAACUUCAGCAGUGCAGCUGGAGACACAGACACUGUUGAGAAUGUUGAUCGUAAUAAUGUCCAAGUUUUUACCACUAUUUCACCAAUGUGUAGCUCCAUUCUGAGAGCAGAGGGUCAAAGUUCAGGAAUUCCUGUUAUCAUGUGUCAUACCCCAACAGAUUUCAAGAAUAAGAAUUCCCACAGAUCCAAUCUGAAGUUUCGCUUUGACAAGUUGAGCCACUCAGCAGAUGGACACUAGUGAAAGAACAGUAAAGAAAGACCAGGACAACUGUGUGAAUUUAAAAACAGACUCUGGCUAUGGGACAACAUUACAUCACAUUGAAGAGGAGACGAUCUCUAAGAUGACCUCAGUCAUUGGAAUUGAACACAUUUUAAAAACACAAAUUAAAGACCACGCUUAAGGUUUUGCAGGUUUCCACACUAGAGAUGCUGACCUUUACAUUUUGCCAAUGCAUUUUAAUUACAAAAUCUUUGGUAAAUUCCUAAAAGGAGGAUGUUAGAGAUUUUAAAAGCAAUAGAUAUAUUUUGUUGGCGGUGAAAAAAAGAUAGUCAAGCAGAUUAGGAUAAUAUAUCAUGUGGUUAAUGAAAAGCACAAUACAUUCCAAACAAAGAUCCCUCCAGGAAUACUUCAGAUUUAACAGAAAAGAAAAAUAGAGGUCACCUGAACAGUUCAAGAUACUUUUCGGUCUGUUCAUAGA